CAAACAAGCCGCAGCCAUUACAGUGCCCGGAGUGACCGUGAGCUCCGUGAGGGACAGAGACCGGGACAGACCGGGUUCUGCGGGAUUCUACCGCUGUCGCCUGUCUGUCAGCGCAGCUGUUCACCGCGUCCUCAGCGUCGGACAGCGAGGGGACAUGAGGGACCCGAGGCUCAGCAGCGGCGUCCCCCCGAGCCUCACGGUCAGCACCGAGGUGGUUCGGAGCGGACAGUUCGUCUCCGAGGACCCGUUCGCUGAGUACCUGUGGAUGGAGCACGAGGAGGACUUCAACCGGCAGGUGGAGGAGGAGCUGUUGGAGGAGGAGUUCAUGGAGCGUUGUCUCCAGGAGCUGCUGGAGGAGGAGGAGCAGUGGGAGUGGUUCAUCCCGUCCAGAGACGUUCCUCAGCUGCAGGACAAAGACCUGGUGAUGAACAGCAGUCUGAACCCCAACGCCAAAGAGUUCACCCCGGGGAUCCAGAAACACGUCAUGUGAGCCCUCAGGCUCCGCCCCCUCUGCUGCACGCCAAAGUCCUGCUCCGCCCGUCGGUCUCUGAAUAUAAACCAGCUGAGGGAUUUUAUUGUUUUGUUUUCGCUUACGAACAACCGGACGUUUCUAUUUGAUAAAAUACCUAAAAAAACAAACAUUUUAGAGUUUAGGUCGUUUUGACCCAGAAUCCUUUGAGGUUUGUUUGUUUGUGGUUUUUCUAAAAUGCACAUGUAUAAAGAAAAAAAAAGUUAAUAUAUAUAUAUUUUUUCUUAAUCUAUUUGAAAUAAAUCUUUACGGAGAAAAGAGA